AAUAUAUUAAUCGUUUAAUUAUUGUACGAUACCUGUCAAAUUACAUCAGGUUAUUAAAAUAUUGAAUUAUUAUCAUAUGUACACUCAUGAUUUUAUAAUAUUGAUAAAACGAGCUUAAAUUGAUUGUAUCUCAAUCUAGCUAUUGAACCUCAAAUUAUUUGCUUGAUCAGCUCAACGUUUAAACCGGUUUGACAACGUUGGUUACAAGUUACAACGCAAGAAAAGAAAAAAACGGCUUGUCGCUUGGCGCUGAAGAGAAACCAAUAUUUAUUUUGUUGAGAUCGAAAUUGGGGAUUAGGGUUCAUCCUCCCUGUUCCUCUCAAUUUCACUUCUCCACUUAGUUUUACAACCAAUUCAAUCGAGAGUCGAGGCAUCAACUAGAUCGAAGGCGUGCCUUUUGAGAAGGAACUCGUCGUUGGAGUUUUCCAGCUCCAACAGUGCAUCCAUGGAGUUCCUUGAUGAAGAUGCUAGGCCGAGGUUCGUUUUCCAAUCUCGUACCGUUGCUGCAUCUUCACCAGCUGAUCCAGAGACCCCACAAAAGAAAUCCCUCAACAAGCCAUUCCUCGCCGUAACCAUCUCCAUCUCUUCCCUCUUGUUGGCUCUCUCAAUCUUCUUCGUCCAAAACGAACCCUUCAAAUCACUCCUCUUCUGGGUUUCCACCUCCCUCUUGAUCGGCCCGCUCGCUCCAUCCCACAUUACAGGCGGCGACAUUCGUGUCGGUCAGGGUCCGAUUCUGGAGCCACUCGAUCCAGAACCCGAAGUCGUGACGGAGAAGCGGGCUCCGAAAAGGAGGGUGAAGCCAGUUAGAUCUGAAGACACGAUCGUGAAUCAAACUCCGGCGAUCGGCUUAGGUCAACCAAAUGGGUCGUCGAGUCAGAAAGACAGGUUGGAAUCGGCACCGAAUGAAGAAGAGAAAGACUGGAGCGAGGAGGAUUUCUUGAUCCUGAAGAAGCAAAUGGCGAAGAAUCCAGUGGGCAAGCCGAGGAGAUGGGAGGUGAUCGCCGAGGCGUUCAACGGGAGGCACAGAGUGGAGAGCGUGAUUAAGGCGGCGAAGGAAAUGGGUGAGAAGAAAUCGGAUGACAGCGAUUCAUACGCCAAGUUCUUGAAGAACAGGAAGCCAGUGGACGCCAGAGUCGAAGCUGCUGAGGUGGACGAAGGUGGAGCUGACAACGACGGCGGUGGAGGGAUGGCGGCCGUCACAUGGAGUUCUGGCGAGGAUAUUGCGUUGCUGAAUGCACUAAAAGCGUUUCCCAAAGAUGUAGCGAUGAGAUGGGAUAAGGUAGCUGCGGCUGUUCCUGGGAAGUCGAAGGCGGCUUGUGUGAAGAGAGUGAGUGAUUUGAAGAAAGGUUUCCGGAGCUCAAAAGCUGGUGGUGCUGCUAACUAGACAGACAGAAAUUUCUCCAUGGUUGGUGUUGGUUGCUGCUAAUUUAUCAAGUUCAGUGCUUCUAUCUAUGGGGCUGGAUUUUGGCUCGCUCCCGGUUCCCUAACUUAGACUUACAAGGCUGAGUUGGUUACUUGAUUGAUAUACAUUUAUAGAAACUUGGUUUACCUUCUUCCUCGAGCAAUGCAGUUUAGUUUUAAGUUGCAGAACCUUUGGGCGCUUGAUUUUGAGUUUUGAUGGAUUGAUUUUGUGCUCGUAUCUUUUUUGCUGAUGUGCAUUCUGAUUAUUUCACUGAGUGUUCCUUUCCUACUCCUUUUCGAGCUUCCAGUCUCUUUGGGAUUGUUAGUUGCUGGCGGUUUCUGUCUGGCUGAUGAUUAGAGGAAAACCUCCCAUUGAACUUGGAUGCGCCCAGGGUUGUAAGUUUCUAGCAUCAUAUUAGGAAUCAGACUUUAUAGACCUCCACAAAACAAGGUUUCGGCUAGGUCUGGUUGUACCAAUUGCCACUGGUUAAGCUGUCUUGCACAACACUUGGCUUACCUCAAUGCAACUGAUUCUGAACUAUAAUUUGGUUCGGUCACCUGCUAAAAAUUAUAGUUCAGUUCGGACUGUAAUCCUCGGCAUAUCAAAAUGUGUGUGAUUGUAGGGAUAGGAGACUAUCGACACUCGUUGGUCGAUGGAGAUCGGAUUCUUGAGGGCGAAGGAGCUUAAACUUAGACGUGGAGCCGAGAGAGGGAGGAGGUGAGAAGCUGGCGUUAGGUGAGGGCUAUGAUAUUGAGAGCUCUUCUAUGGAGUCGAACACACAGACAAGUGGGACAAGGGUCGAGAAGCCGAAGGGGGAUGGCUUAGGAGAUGAGAAACUGCCAUGCGAGAGGAGUGAGAGAGAGUAGUGGCCGAGCAAAGAUGAGUGUGAAUUGUCGAUUGUUGGUACGGGAGGAGUGAGUACAAUGGUUUCCCUAUCUCGUUAUCUCUUGUUGUGCUCGACUUCUCGAUCUAGGGUUAGUAGGUUAGGGAUUAGAGAUUGAGCUUAUGAUUGGGAGAAUUCGAAAAUGAAAAUGGGGAGCCGAGAGGAAUUAGUACGAGGGCUUAGUUGGGGGCCAUGGGACGUUGAGCUUCUUAACAGAUUGAUUGGGGCCGUGAACUAUGUGAGUGAUGAUUAAGUACACUUCAAUGCUGAGUUGGAGGUUGGAUUUCGAAAUUCGAAUCAAACAACAAAAUAUCGGCUAGGUUCAUUCGAGAUCUAGCCACACAACCCCAGAUUCUGACCCACAAAACACAUUAUUUGAUUUGGUCAUUUUGACAUGAGACUCAGUUUAAUUCGGGUUUGUCGAACUGUACACUCACACUCUUAUAAGAGAGGAAUUGAAAAUGUUGAAAUAGCAUGAGCACCGAAAAUAACUAGGAGGGUCUAAUGCUCAUUGGCUUUACCUAAGCACCAACACGACAUGAUAUUAUAACCAUUCACUCGGAAGCGAACUGUCGAGUCUCGGUGCAAGGGCAAGGGACGGGGAGGAAUGAGGGCAGUUGUCUCCCAAUCUUGUUCUCUCUUCUCGUUCUCGACUUCUCGAUCAAGGGUUAUUGGGUUAGGGAUUGACCUUAUGAUUAGGAGAAUUGGAAAAUGUGAAAGUGGCGUCGAGUAUGGUCUAGUACGAGGGCCUGGUUAGGGGUAUGGAACGUUGAGCUUCUUAACAAAUUGAGUGGGGUUGUGCGCUAUGCAAGUGAUGAUCGAGUAUGCUUCAAUUUAGGGCUCGGACUGAAUUGAUAUCAAAAUUGAAAGAGUUUGCCCACUCUUCCUCUUCUUUACCCGAGAUAUCGUGUUCAUCAUUAAAAUGUUUAUUCGCUA